CUCAUAACGUCCCGCAAGGAUCCGUGUGUCGCGCGGUGCUCCUUUAUAGUAGGUGUAUGUAUAUAGUAGUUGUAUAGCUGCGGCCGCACGCAAGGAGCAAAAGCAGCGUGUAGUUGUGACUCCUUUUUAAGUGUUCUCUCGUCGUACGCUCUCCUCGUAUAUGUAUGUAUGUAACAAAUCGCGCUUUAAGAGAACGCGAACAUUGUUGAGUGCAAAUGGCGACAGGUAGACGUUAGCAAUUGCUCUUAUACGAGGGUGCCCCAGCGAAUUUAGACAGCCGCUGCACAAGGCUUUAUCAGCGCGCGGGUUCGCAUUCCAUUUUGCUGGCGAGCGAAAGGCCACUUUCGACAGCUGUCUCUCGAGACGCUAUACAUAUAUAUUUAUUUGUACUAGCCGCUUCGUCAUCCUCGUCACUGCUGCUGCUGCUAGUUGCUGCUGCUGCUGCAGUCUGCAUAAGCGUGAGAGCAUAUCUCGACGGGUACACCCACCCUUUCGGAUCUAUCGGAAUCGAACAUAUACGCCCUCGUUUGUGAAGCACUACUUUAAAUAAAAAGAAACCAAAAUGCCAGCUGUUCGAGGAGAUGGUAUGCGAGGUCUCGCAGUUUUUAUUUCAGACAUUAGGAAUUGCAAAAGUAAAGAAGCUGAGAUUAAAAGGAUAAAUAAAGAAUUGGCCAACAUUAGAAGUAAAUUCAAAGGAGAUAAAACUUUAGAUGGCUACCAAAAGAAGAAAUAUGUCUGUAAACUUCUCUUUAUUUUUUUACUUGGCCAUGAUAUCGACUUUGGGCACAUGGAAGCAGUCAACUUAUUGUCUUCCAAUAAGUACUCAGAAAAACAAAUUGGAUAUCUAUUCAUAUCAGUUUUAGUUAAUACAAACAGUGAUUUAAUUAAGUUAAUCAUUCAAAGUAUAAAAAAUGAUCUGUCCUCUCGUAAUCCAAUUCAUGUUAAUCUUGCGCUACAAUGUAUCGCAAAUAUUGGGAGUAAAGAUAUGGCUGAAGCUUUUGGAAGGGAAAUUCCGAAAUUACUUGUAUCUGGCGAUACAAUGGAUGUUGUCAAACAAAGUGCUGCCUUGUGCCUUUUACGGCUAUUAAGAACGGCUCCUGAAGUUAUCACGGAUGGAGAAUGGACUUCUCGCAUCAUACACCUAUUAAAUGACCAGCAUUUGGGUGUUGUUACUGCAGCAGCAUCUUUAAUUGAUGCACUUGUAAAAAGAAAUCCUGAUGAAUACAAAGGAUGUGUUGGUUUAGCUGUUUCUCGUUUAAGUAGAAUCGUAACAUCUAGUUAUACUGAUCUUCAAGAUUACACUUAUUACUUUGUUCCUGCUCCUUGGUUAUCUGUAAAAUUGUUGAGAUUGCUUCAAAAUUAUAAUCCUCCUGCCGAAGAUCCUGGCGUCAGAGGAAGGUUGAACGAAUGUCUGGAAACAAUUUUGAAUAAAACUCAGGAGCCGCCGAAGUCUAAGAAAGUUCAGCACUCUAAUGCUAAGAACGCUGUACUCUUUGAAGCUAUCAGCUUAAUUAUUCAUAAUGAUAGCGAGCCCAAUCUUCUCGUACGAGCUUGCAAUCAACUUGGUCAAUUCUUAUCGAAUCGCGAGACCAACUUACGCUACUUAGCUCUGGAAUCGAUGUGCCAUCUUGCCACAUCGGAAUUCUCUCACGAAGCUGUGAAAAAGCAUCAAGAAGUCGUUAUUCUUUCUAUGAAAAUGGAGAAAGACGUCUCUGUCAGACAGCAAGCGGUUGAUUUGCUUUAUGCCAUGUGCGAUAAAAGUAAUGCAGAAGAAAUUGUACAAGAAAUGCUUAAUUAUUUGGAGACGGCUGAUUACUCUAUUAGAGAAGAGAUGGUUUUAAAAGUUGCUAUUCUGGCAGAAAAAUACGCAACGGACUAUACUUGGUAUGUCGAUGUUAUUCUUAAUCUCAUUAGGAUAGCUGGUGAUUACGUUUCAGAGGAAGUCUGGUAUCGCGUAAUCCAAAUCGUCAUCAAUAGAGAUGACGUGCAAGGAUAUGCUGCAAAAACUGUAUUUGAGGCAUUGCAAGCACCAGCAUGCCACGAAAAUAUGGUAAAAGUCGGUGGAUAUAUUCUCGGAGAAUUCGGCAACUUGAUUGCUGGCGAUCAACGAUCAUCGCCACUGGUGCAGUUCCAGCUUUUACAUUCCAAAUAUCAUUUAUGUUCUCCAAUGACGCGCGCGUUACUUUUAUCAACGUACAUUAAAUUCGUCAAUCUUUUCCCGGAAAUAAGAAGCCAAAUUCAAGAUGUAUUUAGACAAGACAGUAAUUUACGUAGUGCUGACGCCGAACUUCAGCAACGAGCCUCUGAAUAUUUGCAACUCAGCAUUAUAGCUUCUACAGACGUUCUAGCUACCGUUCUCGAAGAAAUGCCUGCAUUCCCUGAGAGAGAAUCGUCUAUACUGGCAGUACUGAAGAAGAAAAAGCCAGGUCGCGUACCCGAGAACGAAAUACGAGAAGGCAAGAGCCCAGCACCGAAUGCUAAUCACCACAACGAAACAUCUGCUGUUUCAUCUGCCGCCAACAAUUCUUCUGCAGAUUUGUUGGGACUUUCUACUCCACCGUCAUCUCAACCAACGGGCAAUACGGGUGUUCUUUUUGAUGUUUUGGGAGACAUCUACAGUGCCACUAAUAAGCCAACAUCUAAUGGAACUCAAGCCACAUAUAACGCUAAAAAGUUUGUUUGCAAAAAUAAUGGUGUAUUAUUUGAAAAUGAUCUUAUUCAAAUAGGAGUUAAAUCAGAGUUCAGACAAAAUCUUGGCAGAAUUGGUUUAUUCUAUGGAAAUAAAACGCAGCAAGCUUUACUUAAUUUCCAGCCACAAAUUUCAUGGUCUGAUGAAAAUCAAGCAAAACUUUCUGUGCAAGUAAAACCUGUUGACUCAUCUUUAGAGGCUGGUGCUCAAAUUCAACAAUUGAUAAAUGCCGAAUGUAUUGAUGAUUAUACCGAUACCCCUAGUAUGAUCAUCUCCUUUAUCUAUAAUGGUUUACCUCAAAAGAUUUCUAUGAAAUUGCCAUUGACCAUAAAUAAAUUCUUUGAACCAACUGAUAUGAAUGGAGAAUCAUUCUUUGCCAGAUGGAAAAAUCUUGGAGGCAUAAAUCAACAGCGGUCUCAAAAAAUAUUUAAAGCUCAGACGCCGAUGGAUUUGUCUCAAGUUCGCUCAAAAUUGAAUGGUUUUGGAAUGCAACUACUCGAUGGUAUUGAUCCCAAUCCCGAUAACUUUGUUUUGGCAGGUAUAAUUCAUAUGAGAGCAGGACAAGUUGGUUGUUUAUUACGUUUAGAGCCAAAUAAACAAGCUCAGAUGUUCCGGUUAACAGUACGAUCAAGCAAAGAAUCGAUAUCUGUAGAGAUCUGCGAUCUGUUAGUGGAUCAAUUUUAAAAGUUCAUAGAUAUGAUUAUAUCGAAGUGAACAUGAACAUAAUUUUUUACAUAAUGUAGAAAAUGAUCAUUAAAUAUUUAUCUGUAGAUUACACAAACAAAUUGGAUAAUAAUAUGCUCCUAUGAAAGUGCAGUAAGGAAAGGAUGUUAUUUAAAAUUCGUCAAGUUAAAAAAUACAAAAAAAGAAUGUAAGGUAUAUUUCUUUAAGCUUACAACCACUAUUAUGCACUGUAUAAGAAUCAAAGAGCCUUCUCGUUGUAGCGCUAAUUAUGUGUAAACUUUUUGGUUACCGCGUAGAACAAAGUUUAAAAAAAGUCGAAUUAUAAACGAGAUUGAAAUUGCGAUUGGUGGACAGAAUAUAGUGCGGUAGAAGUAGUGGACAGUAUUAGUCCGUAAAUACAUUAAAGUGCACGAAAUGUAAAUGAGGUCAGUUGUAAUCUAAUUUUACUAGCACGUCUUACCUCAUUUUUUUAAUUCUUCUGUUGCGAUUAUUUUCAAGCAGAACAAGAUAAAGACUUGAUUAACCGUACUGUUUUAUAUUGUAAUUGUAUUCAAAAAAUGAAAAAGGCGCGACAAAAAUUUAAUGAAAUAGUCAUCUGAACAAGAAUCAAAGUUUAGUUAUUAGAAAAGAUUCGGGAAGGACCUUUUUUCAAUUGUACAUAAGCGCCUAUUUUUCGUUAAUUUUAUGUCGAUUUUUUAAUUGAAGAACUUACGUGUUGGACAAUGGUGAACUCGUAAUGUUGAUAUAUGUUAUGUACAUUUUCUUUAGAUAUUUCUAAUGUUAGUUUGAUAAGUUUCUGUCUGUCAAAUACUCUGUUUUCUUAAGUCUAAUAUGUCUGUUCAUGAUUCAUUUUUAUAUUAAACAUUAAUUUGAAAUACAAUAAUAGAAUUGACGAUUGUCGAAUUUGCUACAAUUUCUUUAAAUUGGGACUCAAUCUUAUCAAACGAAUCUCAUCAUAACUUAUACAUAAGUAGAAUAACGAGCUGACGAGAUUGACGUCGCUUUUAAAAAUAUGAACGUACCAAAUCGCAAUGAAUUUAACAAAGGCUUUAUUAUCGCAAUACCAAUUACCAAUUUAUUAUAGUCGUAGAAAAAUCGACAAUCGGAAAAGGCGUAUGAAUUGCAUCAAUGAUUUCAAUAUUAAUGCACAGUAAACGAUUUAAAAUGUUGAAAAAAAGUUAAUUGUUUCAUGAUGAUAGAAUGUUAAAAUGUGUACAAAGAUAAAAUGAAUGAAAUAAUGGAGCGAUAAUUUGGAUCGCUUUGUCAGCCUCUUUGCUGUAUAAUGAAAUAAAAACAUGUAUAUCCGACGUAUGAUAUAAGGUGCAAACUUGUGAGGUGUAUGUGUAUGUGUUGUUCAUACAUAUUAUACAUAUAAAAAAACUAUAUUAUUAUAAAUAUACAAAUAUACAAACGAAUGUUGUUGAAUCAUGCGCAGUGAAGUUUAGCUAAGUGUAGACGUUAUUGGUGUCAGUCCGUGAAUUUGUCUUUUUCUCUUCUUGAUGAGGCACAAUACCUCUAAGUUUAAUUUAUUAUUUAGAGUGUACAAUUGCGUUGAUCCGCCCUAUUAUUAACUAUUCAGCUUCUUUACAAUUAAUGGGAAACUUAUCAUCAUCAAGUCAGAUGUAUUAACUAAUUUUAUUGAUUUUUUGUUUACUUUUAAAGUCUAUAUGUUUUAUCUAUAUUUUUGUCUCAAAGGUCCAUCAAUUAAUUAUGUAUUUAGUCUGACUAGUUUUAUCGUGAUGCUCGUCGCAUGUGAUUAUUUCCCGUUUUUACUUUUUCUCUUUUUGCAUGUAAAAAUAUUAAAUUAUGUUAUUUGAUAUGAUUUGUAACUCGGAGUUACAGCCCCGCAUCAAUUCAAAAGUUUACAAAUGAAAUUUCUGUAAUUUUUUCGUGCCUGUUUGAAUGAAAAAACAAAUGACCAAUGAACAACUUUAAAACGUUAAGCAGUUAAAAUGAUUCAUUGAAUGAUAAAAUAUAGUAUCUCACCAUGUAAUACAUGCGUUCAGCAUGUAUGGUUUUUGAACGUAUAUUGCGGAAACCAAAAAACAAUAUCGAGUUCAACAUUUAUUUGUAAAUUCUAUCUAUUAUAUCAGAAAAAUGUUAUGAAAUAAAUUUAAUUAAAAAAUUCCAAUCAAGAUGUUCAGUACUAAAAAAAUACAAGUAAACCUGAUUUUCGAUACAGCUGCAUUGCUUCAAGUAGUUAAAUAGCUGCAAUGAAUUGGAUAGGAAUGUUAUGAAGGAAAAAUACGGUUCUAUUACAUUUAACGAUUUUAAUAUCAAAUAAACGGUGGAAAAUAUCA